AUGAUAAACCAACAGCCAUUACCCGCUCGCACGGCGCGUCCUCCCGCGUCACCGAGCAACCGUGCGCCCUGCAGGCGCCGCGCGAUCGGCGUAAGCGGCCGGGCGGUGUCGCUGCUGCUCCGCCCGCUGCCUUCGAUCGGCCACGGCCAUUUUGCGUCUGCUUCCGCCGGGGCGCGGAAGGUGUACGUGCCGGUGAAGGGAGACCACGUGAUCGGCAUCGUGACGGGCAAGGUGGGGGACGUGUUCCGGCUGGAUGUGGGCGGCAGCGAGCAGGCCUCGCUGUCCUACCUGGCCUUCGAGGGCGCGACCAAGAGGAACAGGCCUAACGUGCAGGUGGGAGACCUUAUUUACGGUCAGUUCCUUGUAGCAAAUAAAGACAUGGAACCAGAGAUGGUCUGUAUAGACAGCAGUGGAAGAGCAAGUGGAAUGGGAGUAAUUGGACAAGAUGGCUUCCUCUUUAAAGUUUCCCUAGGUCUGAUAAGAAAACUCUUGGCUCCCAAAUGUGAAAUAAUUCAGGAACUGUCACAGCUGUACCCAUUUGAGCUGGUGCUGGGAAUGAAUGGAAGAAUAUGGGUAAAAGCAAAAACAAUUCAACAGACUUUAAUUUUAGUAAAUAUUUUAGAAGCUUGUGAAUAUAUGACUGCGGAGCAGAGAAAACAAGCGCUUGCCAAAUUGUCAGGGAAUUGAGUAAAAGAAAGUUUGAGGAUUUGUGAGAACUGUAGGACAUUCUGUUUAUUUUUGUAUUCAGAUUUACAUUAAAAGUCACACUAAAUGAA